AUGAACCCAGGAGAGGGCCGACCUUCAUCGCGGCGCCUUGCCACUGCUGAUCGCGGUGAGGAGUCGUCCAGCAGUCCCCGUCUGUCCACCCCGCCUCCACAGAGCGAAGCCGACAUGUUCGUGGCCGACCACUGGUGCGAUACUCACGUGAAAGUGAUCGUGAUGACCUACAUGUGGACGAUCAGCAACUUCAGCUUCUUCCUGGAUGAUACGGGGGAAGCGAUCAAAAGCUCCACAUUUUCUGCGAGGGCUAAGGACAACUUCAAAUGGUGCCUUUGCAUACGUCCCAACGGAAUGGACGAGGAGAGCAAGGACUACUUGUCCGUGCACCUACUGCUAGUGUCCAGCAACAAGAGUGAGCUCCGCGCGAAGUUCAAGUUUUCCAUCGUGAACGUCAACCAAGAGGCGACCAAUAUCAUGGAGAGUCGUGGGGCCUUCCCAUUUCAUCCAGGAAAGGAUUGGGGCUUCAGGAAGUUUAUCCCAAGAGCCACCUUGUUCGACAACGCCUAUGGACUCCUUCCAGACGACACACUUACAAUAUUCUGCGAGCUUCAAGUUCUUGAAAGCGUUAUUAACAUCCCUGGACAGAAUAACAUCGACCAGUUCAAGGUACCAGAAUGCCGGUUGUCUGAUGAUUUUAGGAAUCUCUUUGAGAGCCGCGAUAAGUUUGGCGAUGUCAUCAUGAACGCCAACGGCCGAGAAUUCUAUGCACACAAAGCUAUUCUUUCAGCUAGGUCCUCUGUAUUUGCGGCAAUGUUUGAGCAAGAUAUGGGAGAGAACAAAUUGAGCAGAGUAGAGGUCCUAGAUAUGGAUCCCGAGGCACUGCAUGAAAUGCUGCGAUUCAUCUACACUGGUCAAACACCCAACCUUGACAGCAUGGCUGAUGUUCUUCUGGCUGCCGCUGACAAGUAUGCUCUGGAACGCUUAAAAAUCAUGUGUGAGAAGGCACUACACUUGAAACUAUCGGCUGAAACAGCAACUGAGGUGCUUAUUCUAGCUGACGCGCACAAUGCCCUUCAUCUCAAGGAGUGUGCCAUUGACUUCAUCACCAAGUAUCCCACGGAUGUGAUGGAAGAGCUGGAUUGGAAGACCAUGAUACACCGGCAGCCGCACCUGGUCGCUGAGAUCUUCGAGGCACUGGCCGCCCAGCUGCCGGUGCCCAUAGAGGGCAUUUCCGCAAAUGCAUGA